AUGAAGCUAUCAGAAAUAACCAGUGGUAACAUUUUGGCAAACAUCAUUCCAGAAAACGUCUCAUACACAGAAAAGCAUCAAUUUAAAAUUUUCAGUUGUGCUCUUGGCCUCUCCCAGGGUCCUUUCAUUCAGGGGAAAAUGUUUGCUCAGCCCGAGGAUGCUGGUUUUUCAUUUGGCCACAAUAUCAAUAGUCAUUUGACCAGUCUCUCCAUUGUUGGAAACACGAUCCCCACUCCCGAGCCCACUGUUAAGCAGGCUUUAUGUGCCCUGGAUAAUGAGAGUGCCAGUGUGGAAAAUCAGGGCCAGAUUAAGAUGUACAUCAGUGAAGUGUGUCAGGAAACUGUGUCACAUUGCUGCAACUCAUUUCUGCAGCAGGCCAGAUUAAAUUUGUUAAUAAGCAUGACAGUUAUUAAUAACAUGCUUGCCAAAUCCGUUUCAGACCUGAGGUUUCCUUUGAUAUCAGAGGGAAGUGGAUGUGCUGAGGUUCAUGUUUUGAAACCGUUGAUGGGUUUGUCUGAAAAACCAGUCUUGGCAGGGGAAUUGCUGGGUCCCCAAAUGCUGCUCUCAUUCACAUCCCCCUUUAUCAGGAAUGGAAACAGACAGGUUCUCCUGGACACCCUGGCCUCUUAA